AUGAGCGGCGUCACCAAGAAGAAGGGCAAGCAAAAAACCCUGAAAAGUCUCCGAGGGGCUUUGAAGGGGCUUCUCAACAAUCAGACGAGAGUCGCUGACCCACGGCCAGCGCAAAAUGAGCCAUCCACAGUCCCAGAUCAUAUCUCGCCGGGCCAGGACCGGAACAAGCAGCCAAAAGAAACCCAGCAAUGUGCAAAACAUUACAACCGCGAGAAUAUCGUGUACAUAAUGUCCAAAGAAGCGCAGUUGAUACCGAAACUCACGGAGGAAGAGGUCAUGGAGCGUCACAAACGUGCAGACGAGAACAUGAAGCGCGCCUGGAACCAGCUGAUUCAGAAAUAUGAGUCUAUCGAGGAUCAAGGCGACCUUCUGGAUCUAAAAAGCGGCGAGAUUUUGGAAGACAACGGCCAUAUUCGGGGCCUAGGCGCUGGCGGUGCUCCCAACGCCCGUUUGGAUAACUACGUUAGCGUCCUAAGUGAUCUCAUCGACGUCGACAAAGCCAGCACUGACAUAUGGCAAGAGGAACCAGACGAAGACGACUACGACGAGGAGGAUUACACAGACGCAAAGAAUGGUACUAGCACCAACUUCCAGGAUGACGCCCAACCAUUUACUAACGUUAAUUGA